AUGGACGGUUUCGACCUUCUUGUCGUCAACGGACUCGUGGUGACUGCCUCUGACACGGCGAACUACGACAUCGCCAUCAAGGAUGGCAAGAUCGCGCUUCUGGCCCCACCGGGCGUGCUGGGCCCCAGUAGUGCGAAGAGGGUGAUUGAUGCCGAAGGCGGCUAUGUCAUGCCCGGCGGCAUUGAUUGUCAUGUCCACCUCGAAGAGCCCGCGCUGUUCGGCGGUAAGGGGAGGAGCUCGGACAACUUUGAGACGGGCACCAGGAGCAGUAUUUGUGGAGGGACCACGACGAUAGUAGCGUUUGCGCCUCAAGCGAAAACCAUGCCCUCCCUCCUCCAAGUCCUCGAGGACACGCAGGCCCGGGCCAAGGACAACUGCUACACGGACUACUCGUUCCAUAUGCUCGUCGGCCACCCGGGAGAACAGGCGCUGUCGGAAUUUCCACGUCUGCGAGAACUCGGCAUCUCCUCGCUCAAGAUAUACAUGACCUACGCGGCCCUGCAGCUGCGAGAUGAUGAGAUCCUUGACGUGUUGCUGGCGUCGAGAAAAGAAGGCAUCACCACCAUGAUUCACGCGGAGAAUGGAGACGUCUUGACCUGGAUGACCAAGAAGCUGGAGGAGCGCAAGCUGUAUGCUCCAAAGUACCAUGCCACAUCCCGGCCACAGAUCGUGGAGACGGAGGCAACGAAUCGGGCGAUUGCUCUGGCUGAGCUCAUGGAUGCUCCUAUCCUCGUCGUCCACGUGUCAUCGCCCAGCGCCGCAGCCCAUCUUCGUAACGCCCAAACGCGUGGACUGCCCGUGUACGCCGAGACAUGUCCACAAUACCUCUUUUUGACCCGCGACGACCUGGAUAAACCAGACUUUGAGGGGGCGAAAUGCGUCUGUUCCCCUCCGCCUCGCGAGUCUGCCCACGACCACGACGCCAUCUGGAUAGGUCUCGCCAACGGCACAUUCACCGUGCUUUCGUCCGACCACUGCCCCUUCAUGUACGAAGACUACGAGAAGGGCAAAAAAUCCAUCAUCAGCGCGGAGUACCCCGAGGGCCGAUUCAGCGGCAUCCCCAACGGAUGUCCCGGGAUCGAGACCCGUCUCGCACUGACGUUGAGUGCGAACAGACUCCCCCUGCAAAAGUUUGUCGAAGUGACCAGCACCAACGCCGCGCGGCUGUACGGGUUGUACCCACAGAAAGGCACAAUCUUGCCGGGCGUCAGCGACGCCGAUCUCACCAUCUGGUAUCCGCCCGGCAAGCUGGGGACGUUCAAGCUCACCAACUCGAUGCUCCACCACAAUGUGGACUACACACCCUUUGAGGGGAUGGACCUCAAUCAGUGGCCGAGGUAUACCAUCCUCAGGGGCGAGGUGGUAUGGGACCGAGACGGCGGUGGGCUGCUGGGCAAGAAAGGGUACGGCAAGUUCGUCCCCAGAGGGCCGAGCACGCUCCCGGGCCCGAGAAAAGCGGGUGAAUGGGACGUGAGUGUUUUCUAG